UGCUGUGUAUUCAUAUCCUGCUGUGGUGUGGACAAAUCCUAAAUUCGUUCUGUGUUCUUUAGCAGUGUUUAUCUAUUUUUUUAUAAACGAAUUUAAUCUAUUUGCAGAUCCUAAAAAGGUUUAACAUGGAAGGCAAGACUACAAAAAUGCCUAAAGUAGCAAAAGUAAAAAAUAAAGCUCCAGCUGAAAUUCAAAUCACAGCGGAACAGCUUCUUAGAGAAGCGAAAGAACGGGAUCUCGAGAUAUUGCCACCUCCUCCUAAGCAAAAAAUAUCUGACCCUGAAGAACUCCGCGAUUAUCAGCACCGUAAGAGGAAAGCAUUCGAGGAUAAUAUUCGCAAGAAUAGAAUGGUGAUUGGAAACUGGCUCAAGUAUGCUCAGUGGGAAGAAUCACAGAAACAAGUACAAAGAGCUCGCUCAAUCUAUGAGAGAGCUCUUGAUGUAGAUCAUAGAAAUGUUACGCUUUGGCUAAAAUAUACUGAAAUGGAAAUGAGAAACAGGCAGGUGAACCAUGCUCGUAAUUUAUGGGAUAGAGCAGUAACAAUUCUUCCCAGAGUCUCUCAAUUCUGGUACAAAUAUACUUACAUGGAAGAAAUGUUAGAAAAUGUAGCUGGAGCUAGACAAGUUUUUGAGCGAUGGAUGGAAUGGCAACCAGAUGAACAGGCUUGGCAAACUUACAUAAACUUUGAGUUAAGGUAUAAAGAAUUAGAUAGAGCUAGACAAAUAUAUGAAAGGUUUGUUAUGGUCCAUCCUGAUGUUAAGAAUUGGAUCAAAUAUGCAAAAUUUGAAGAAAAUCAUGGUUUUAUUAAUGGUGCCAGAAAAGUAUAUGAGAGAGCUGUUGAGUUUUUUGGAGAUGAGGAACUUGAUGAAAGGCUUUUCAUUGCUUUUGCAAAGUUUGAAGAAAACCAAAAAGAACAUGAUCGCGCCAGAGUUAUUUAUAAGUAUGCACUAGAUCACAUACCUAAAGAUAGAAAUAAAGAACUCUACAAAGCCUAUACAAUACAUGAAAAGAAAUAUGGUGACCGGUCUGGAAUUGAAGAUGUCAUAGUAAACAAACGCAAGUAUAUGUACGAACAAGAAGUUAUAGAGAACCCUACAAAUUAUGAUGCUUGGUUUGACUAUAUUAGACUAGUAGAGAAUGAGGCUAAUGUAGAUGAUAUCAGGGAUACUUAUGAAAGAGCUAUUGCAAAUGUUCCUCCAUCAAAAGACAAACAAUUCUGGAGGAGGUAUAUUUACCUAUGGAUAAACUAUGCUUUGUAUGAGGAAUUAGAAGCAGAAGAUAUUGAACGCACUAGACAAGUAUAUAGAACAUGCUUGGAGUUGAUACCACAUAAAAUAUUCACAUUUUCUAAAAUAUGGCUUAUGUAUGCACAGUUUGAAGUAAGAUGCAAAGAUUUGAAACAAGCAAGGAAGACUUUGGGAAUGGCAUUAGGGAUGUGCCCAAGAGACAAACUUUACAGAGGUUACAUAGAUUUAGAAAUCCAACUUAGAGAAUUUGACAGAUGUAGAAUAUUGUAUCAGAAGUUCUUAGAAUAUGGCCCUGAGAACUGUAUUACUUGGAUAAAAUUUGGUGAAUUGGAAACAUUAUUAGGUGAUAUAGAUAGAGCAAGAGCAAUUUAUGAAAUAGCUGUAAAUCAGCCCAGAUUGGAUAUGCCAGAACUUCUUUGGAAAAGUUAUAUAGACUUUGAAGUAUCUCAAGGGGAAACAGAAAAAGCUAGACAACUUUAUGAAAGGUUACUUGAAAGAACAGUACAUGUCAAAGUAUGGCUAUCUUAUGCAAAAUUUGAAUUAAAUGCUGAGAAUCCUGACAACAUAAAUGUUGAAUUAGCAAGACGUGUAUAUGAGCGUGCAAAUGACAGUCUGAGAAGUGCUGGUGAAAAAGAAUCUAGAGUGCUUCUACUUGAAGCAUGGAAAGAUUUUGAAACUGAUAUUGGAGAUGAAAUCCAACUUGAAAAAGUUCAGGUUAAAUUGCCAAGAAGAGUGAAAAAGAGGCAGAAAAUAGUCAGCGAUGAAGGGGUUGAAGAAGGUUGGGAAGAAGUAUUUGACUAUAUAUUUCCUGAAGAUGAAAUGGUCAGACCAAAUCUCAAAUUACUGGCAAGGGCAAAACAAUGGCGAAAACAACAAGAAACAACAGAAACAGAUCAAGAUUCAACUCAGACAAAUGAACAAUAAAUGUUUCUUUGAUAAUGAUAACUAUGGUAUAGUAUACAAAACAACAUUUUGCUAUAAUAAAAUUCCUCUAUUUUGUUUGCUGCUAUAAACAAGAUAUGCAACAAUAAUAAAUUAUUGGUUUUCAUCUCCAGUUGAAUACUCUAGUGAAGGUUACCAGGGC